UUGAAAGUGCGAGCCUUUGCGCGCGGCUAAUUUUACUAUUUACAUACAUAGGUGCGAAGGUGCUUUGUACCAACUCAAAAAGUAAAAAUGUUGUAUUCGGUGCCAUUUUCAUUCACCUUUUUUAUCAUUUCCGUGCCAGUCGUUCUACCAACUGCACCAUGCAUUAAUGACAACAAGUUCUACAGAAAUCCGAAGACACCAACACACAAUGUAUGGGCACCAUCUGAAUGCGGAAAAUAUUACCUUUGCCUGGAUAACGAUGUCUUUGAGUUCAAAUGCUCGGAAGGUUUACUCUUCGACGUCUCCAGGCAGAUAUGCGAUUUUAAAGCAAAUGUCGACAACUGUGACAUAGCGAUAGAGGAAAAUCCUCCUAAGCCCCUUCUCCAAAAUGGAGUCUGCCGAGAAAAAGAAUUAGCCUGUGGCGAUGGAACUUGCCUUCCAGCUCAUUAUUUCUGUGAUGGAAGUGUUGACUGUCAAGACAGUUCAGAUGAAGGAUGGUGUGAAGCAAGAAAUGAUCAAAAUGCUGCCACAAGCUGCAACCCACGCAAAUGUUUGUUACCAAAUUGUUGGUGUUCCAAAGAUGGAACCACAAUACCGGGUAAUUUAUCUGCAAAUCUGGUUCCUCAAAUGAUAAUAAUUACAUUUGAUGAUGCCGUCAACUCGGAAAACUUCGACCUUUAUACGAAGAUUUUCACUGAAGAACGACAAAAUCCAAACGGUUGCCCUGCGAGAGCUACUUUUUUUGUGAGCCAUCAAUACACAAAUUAUCGGGACGUUCAAUAUCUGUGGAACGCUGGACAUGAAAUUGCUACACAUUCUGUAACGCAUAGAGGACCUGAAGAGUGGUGGUCCAAAAAUGCGACUUUAGAAGACUGGUUUGAUGAAAUGGUUGGAGUUGCAAACAUUAUUAACAAAUAUGCUGCAGUUCGUAUGAAUGAUAUUAAAGGAACUAGAGCACCUUUUCUAAGAACAGGAUGGAACAGACAAUUCUUAAUGAUGUCCGAAUUCGGAUUUGAGUAUGACUCCUCAAUAAUAGCGCCCUAUUCUGAUCCACCAAUCUGGCCAUAUACAUUAGAUUAUAGGAUGCCUCAUUCUUGUGAUGGUCCAAGUCAAGUUUGUCCCACAAGAUCCUAUCCAGGAAUUUGGGAAAUUCCUCUCAAUCAACUUCUUCUUGGGGAUUACACUUGCCCAACUGUGGAAACUUGUCAAGCGAAUUUAUCCGGCGAAGAAGUGUACAAAAUGUUGACAGAUAAUUUUAAAAGACACUAUUUAAGAAAUCGAGCACCACUUGGACUACAUUUGCAUUCAGCUUGGCUCCAAAAUAAUGCCUAUAAUUAUGCAUUUACCAAAUUUAUGGACGAGGUUCUUCGAUUAUCAGAUGUCUAUUUUGUGACGAGCCAUCAAGCCCUGGAAUGGAUGCGAAACCCAAUUCCAGUAAACGAAUUGAAUAAAUUUCAGCCUUGGCGAUGCAACAAGCAGUUCGAGCCAUAUGAAAUCGCUUGCGAUUUACCGAGCGCUUGUAAUUUACCUAGCCGUGUUUUGAAAUCAUACAGGUAUCUUCAUACAUGCUUCGAUUGUCCAACGGAAUAUCCGUGGUUAAGAAACGAGUUUGGACUAAAAUAGUAAUAAAAUGACAGAAUUUAGUAUACGAGGUGUGGCUAUUUACACUGCUACAUGUACGUCUUCCCUUUUCCAAAGCAGUGCUAGAGGUUCUCGAAUAAAAUGCUUUCGCACCCUACACGGAUUUCAAACGGAUCCUUUUAAUCAAACUUUUAACUUUUGUGAAUUAGCAGAUGUCACAGGGCACUAGAUCUCGUAAAUGGAGUACCUGUUCCAAAAUUGUGAUGAUUUUACUAACCAAAAAAUGCUUGACGAAUAAUAGGCAGAGUGGGCAGGUGGUCUUUUCGGAGAAUCCAGUCCUUAUUUCUGAACAAAAUUCGGUCGUUUUCGUCUCACUUUAUUGCAAAUCUUUGUCAGCACUUCCAAGUAAUAUGGCUGAUUCGCUGUUCAACCUAUAGGUACCCACUCAGUCAUCAUGAUGCCUCGGAUAUCAUAAAAAACGAGAAGCAUGUCCUUGAAUUUUGAUUACCUCAUAUGCGCUUUUUUUAUCAUCGGUGAUUCUAGUCUUCCAAUUCAUCGAUUGUCCUUGGUUUCGGAUUAUAUUGAAAUAGCCCAUUUUUAUCACAUGCAACAACCUUUUUAUUUCAAUCUAAUUGCUCUUCUUUUCUCUUCAGGGUAUUGAAACAAAAGUUCUUCCGCACUUCGUCUUGUUCUGUCGUGAUAACUUUAAGCAUCAUUUUCGCGCACAACUUUGUCAUGUUCAAAUCAUUAUGUAAAAUUAGUUUCAUUGGUUUUUUUAUCUAUCUUUACCGUAUUUGAUAUCAUUGUAAUGCUUACACAAUGGUCGUUUCGAAAGAUUUAAUUUAUUUUUUCGACGUUUUUACCUGUUUUUGAAUAUACUGGACGCUGAACGCUUCAAUUAUCCUCAACCUCUUGAACGGGGUCUUCUAGUUCCGAGCCUGUUUUAGGAAAUUUACUGCAAAGAAACUACACAUGAUAACUGGAAACGGGUUUUUUCUAUUUAUUGGUACAUUCUUUGGUACCAAAAAAAUGACGUUUAAAGAAAAUUAUUCCCAAACCCACAACCUUAACGGCGCCUCUGAAGAAAUUUCAAUGUCGAAUGGGUGGUAAGACUUCGGCUAUUUAGAUUGCCGCAAACAAAAAAAGUGAAAUAUGCCUUUGACUAUGAUUCAUUGGGUAGGUCAGGCUAUAAAAUAAAAUAAAAAUAUAUUUUCAAAAAAGAUUGUGUCCUGACCCAGCGACAUGUCUGCUGAACAAUUUCCCGGUAAGGAGACUUGCAUUAAAAAGUAUUGAAAAAUUGCAUACAUCCAGUGGUAACGUGAGAAAUAUUGAAUACUUCUGAAUCCCGUUUUUGUCCUCCCUCCUUUUCUGAAUACUUUUACAUACCACGAAGCAACCAAGAAAUGGACAUUUUGUAUCCCUCUUAAUUUAGCAUAUCUCGCUACAGUUGUUUACUGUUUUUCGAAUUAUAAUGAGGUCAAAAGCUUUUUCAAACAUAGCACCGGUCAUUUUACGACGUCAGGAUUAAUUUCCACAAAGAUGGCUCUAGUGAAAAAUAAUUUUUGAAAUUUUUUAUCAUGAAUUUAUAUUUUUUUAAUUUAUAAUAUUUGGACAAUGCGAAUAUUUUACGAUAGGGAGAUGUAUUCCUGUAUACAAUCAUACUAGAUUUUGCAAAUUUCAUGCUUUUGGAGCACGUUCUAAUGCUUCAAACGAAAAUUGUGUUUUUAAUCACUUUUAAUGCAAGGCUUCCUUCCGGGUUUAAAAUAAAAAAAGUUCCAAAUAUUUCAAAUCAAUCAGUGCCGAUAUCGGAAUGUAUAAAUUAGGUGCAUGGGACCCGCACUUUUCAGCGUAUGCAAAGUCUAAAAUUAUGUCCCUAUCGAGAUCUGAAAUCAUGACAUCAGAAGGGGGAUUUAAACAAAGAUGGCCGGCGACAACGGGGUCACUUUGCAACUGAUACAUUAUGUUCUUAGUGAAUUUUAAUCGUUUUUCGUGCUUAGCAUGACAAAGAUGUCGCUCAGCAUUGCUGAAAUUGGUAAAUUUACGUUAUCCACUCCUUCGUGUAGAAAUUUUGUGGAAGAAGACAAGGUGUUGCCGGAAAUUAUUCACUUUAAUAAUAAUAUUAAUAUUUUCUUGGCAGCUUCUGAAAGAACUUCAGCCAGGCAAAACCCAAGUUUUAAAAAUAUUUUCGAUAUGAAUAAAAAUUAAAAACGAUUUCGCUUGAUGUAUAUUAGGGAACUUGUAAUUAGUUCCUAUCAAAAUUUUGUGGUUAUAAAAUAAAAUUAUGGACAAUCAAGAUGACUCACAUGGUAUAUCUAAAUUAUUUAUAAAUUCAAAAUAUUAAAAAAUAUAUUUUGCUCUAGAAAUCAAUGUGAACUUAUCAGUUCGAAAUGAGUAAUCCUCACUUUUAAAAUGCAGAGAAUAAACAGAUAUGUUUGAGGUUAUCUUCUUCUCCAGUUUUAGAACAUUUUCGCCUUGCUUUCUCCGAUCGAUUAUUUCUUUAGACCCACUUUUAUUAACCACUUUAAGAAAACCUUUUUAGGCAAGGGAAAUAGAUGAAACAUAACAUCUAGGUUUUUGCUAGCGUUGCUUGAACAUCCGAAAACAGAGAAAAAUCUGUUAUUUUUGCUUUUCCUCUGACUGAAUUUCAUACCUAGAUCGUCUAUUUCUGUAUUAUCGGACAUUUUUUUUAAUUUGAUGAUAGAAAUCGUAGCAUUAAAAAAAUAGAUUUAUAUUCUAAUCUAAAUAUCACCAAAAUAGCACACAGCCUUUUAAAAAUGACCCCGUUAUUCUAGUUCCAAAUUUAGCCACCAGGUGUCGCAUCGCUAUAUUUUAGAUCCCAAUAGUUCGCAUGUGUUGCUGUAGUUUUAAAAAUUGAGAUGACAGUUUAUUGAGAUUUUGAGGUUAAAAGCAGUCUCUGGCAAGACCGAUCUGCUCGCAGAUAAAAAACUAAAGUGAUAUCAUUAAAAAGUUGUAUGAUUGCAUUCUUCUUUCCCAAUUUAACGUGAAGAAAUGGCAUUGUUACAAAAAUCUAUAGAAAAUAAUGUUUUUCUGUGACAAAUUAGAAAAAUUUAAUACUAAAAAAAUUUUACGAAAAUUCGAAGUUUUUUCUCAGUGUAUUUGCUAAAUCUUUGUUUUUAAUUCUGCGAGCAUAUCGCUCUUGCCAGAGACUGCUCCUAACCUCAAAAUCUCAAUAAACUGCCACCGCAUUUUACAUCAGCAAUGGAAUUUGAUAACGUAAAUUGACACGAAUGUCAUGCUUUACAGGAAUAUUAAUUAAUGUUAAUGUUCAUACUUAUAUGAAAUAAUCAGUUUUAACUAAGCAAACUAACUUAAAACUAAAAAUACUGUAUUUUUCCACUAACCUAACUCAGAAGCAGAAAAGUACCAUUGAACUGCGUGCACUUCACUUUCAUCAAAAAUCCAGCUCCAUAAAAUUUAUAAGUUUCCGAAUUUUUAUGUUUUUACAUGUUUUGCGAUGUAAAAAAUGUGUGGUUGAAUAAGAUAUGACACUAUAUCCACUAUAGUGACCGAGGGCACUGAACUCUCAUUGUAAGACCAUACGUAUCGUAGUUUUUGAUUUUUUUUAUAUAUCGGGUCUUGACCUCACCCGAAAGUAUUGCCAAAAAUAUUCAAUUUGAAAUUCGAAAAAACAAAAACAAAUUUUAAAAACUCCAGCAACACAUGCAAACUAUAAGAGCAUGCAAGAAAUGUUAUUCCCUCAGUGGACCGGCAAUUUAAAAUUUGUAUGGCUUAAUGAGAAUGAUUUAUGGCGCGCGUAAUCGAUCGCAUGAUUUAGUGAAUCAUUCGGCGUAUCAAUAUUAAUAACCGCCCAUCCCUAAACGAUUUAGUUCUGAAUUAUGAAAAUAAAAUGGACAGUCUCAACCUGGAAUGACGUUAAAGGUAUCCUACUUAGGCUAGCGCGUUCAAAAAAGUCUUAGGCGAAUCAAAGUGAGUCGUCCAUUAAAAAUAUCCCACCAAUUUUCGAAAAGGCGAAUAAAAACUAUCACUACACACCUAGUCUGAGAACUUAACAGCCACGCCUCGUAUAGAGACUUAUAAUUUUACUUAAAGCCCAGAUGACUAGAGUUGGUUGAAAGAUCCUUAUUUUUCAAAAUCCAACCAGCUCUUUUAUAUUUAAGACUGUACCACGAAAAGUAC